AUGACGCAAAAGCCUCUGAGUGCAGAUAGUAAGCCAUUUGUUCCAAGUCAGAGAAUACAAAUGAUGAUACCAUCAUCAUCAUCAUCGGCUAGUCUCAUCAAACCUGUUCAAAUUGGAGGAGCAACAGGUCCAAUCAAUCUUGAGAGUGUAAAUGACGAGUCGGAACAUCAUUCUCACACACAAUCAUCAUUCUCACAAAAAAUUCAAAAUAAUAAGCAUGAUCAUCAUAACAAACAUAACGGAAAGAGGGGAAAAAACAAUAAAUUCUUGGCGGAGCAACCAAUACGAAACAGUGAAUUCAAGGACUCGGAUCCAUCGAAUAUGAGCCAUUCAAGUCAUAAACAACCAAAACGAAAAGGACAAAAAUCUGCAAUACAAAAUUCACAAAUGAUCAUUCCAUCAGUACGAUCAUCAUCACAGCAGCAACUAUCCAAUGCAGGGCACGUACAAUCCACAGACGAAUUACCACCAACCAAUGUUUCGGAUCUUGUUCAUGCUCAUCAAUACUCCCAAAAUUUUCCUUCAGUGAGUGCAUCCAUCUCUUCGUCAUCUUCCACAGCUACCUCUGUUCCAUUUUCUUACAAGGACAUUUUACAAAGCAAACCGAGUGGAAUUUUAACAAAUUCCGAAAUUUUACCUCAAAAGAGUGUGGUCAUUGCGUCACAUUCCAAUCACAUGCAACCAACUAAAAAAUCGCAACCUCAUGAUAGUAACAAUAAUUAUGGUGAUAAUGGUAGUGCUAACAACAAUACAAUUGCACCAACGACACAAACAAAAGAGACCAACAAAUCGGAGGUCAAAGCAAAAAGAAAACAAUCAUUUGAAAAUGCAACCAAUAAUAACAAACCAACUGCCUUAAAACCAUCAACAACAACAGACAAUAAUACCACUGCUGCUAACGUUCCCACAACGCCUCAAAAAAAACUCACCAAAAAACAAAGAAGACAAUUACUGAUCAAUUCACUACUUCAAGAACGAAAAGAAUUCACACUUGCAGAUCAUAUAGGUGGUGACAUUGAUCAACUCUUAAAGAAUACUAAGUCAACAACCUCUAGCUCUUCAACAAUUCCCUCAGACAAAACGAAACUCCCAAAAGAAUCUCCAAAAAAACAAGGCAAAAAAGAUGAAACAACGGCAUCAAACAAAAAAUCCAUCAGCAAAAUGAAUGCCCUCGAAAAAGCCUUAUUCACCAAAGGGGACAUGAAAGGAAGGAAACCCAUUCGUUUAGAAAUUUACUCAGAUAAGGUCACUAAUGAGGAUGUCUAUAAGGCCUUUAUGCUCGCUGUCAAUCAGCCCCAAACAGGACAAAGCGCUUCCAAUUCUAAGGACACAGAAAAUGCAUCCACCUCAACAACACACGAUGAAAAGAGAACUGAGGAAAUGCUUGUCGCUGUAGCAACAAAAAAGAAAAAACCCAACAAGCUGAAAAAAAUUAUUCUCAAAGAGAAGGAAAUUAGAAAAUUGCAGAACCUAUCUCCCACUGAUUUUAUCGAUGUUAAGAAAUAUUUGAAAAAACAGAAACAAGCAGAAACAACUGAAGAAGAAACAUCUGAUGAUAAUGUUAUUGUGAUUGAAAUUGAAAGAGACCAUCAUGACAUUUCAUCAUCAACAAUAGUUGAUGAGCAUUCAGAACAUGUGAAAUCAUCAAUGGAAGGCGAGAAUGCUUCUUCUUCCACAAUGGAACAUGGAGAUUCAAAUAAUCCUAAUAUGGAGGAUACAAACGAUUACCCGAAUGAAGCAAGCGAAGAGUCAGACUCUGAAAGUGUCAUUUCUGAAACUGAGUCAAUGAACAUUGUCUUGAAAGGAGCAACUGAAAGAAAAAUUCGUGAAUACGUGCCUUAUCCUCUCGAUCCAAUCUAUGAGAAUUGUGUAUUUCAAAUGUUGGCCAAACUUCAAUUUUAUCAACACAGGCUGAAAAAAACAGACAAGAAGAAAUUCAAAGCAAGAAGAAGAUAUGUUAUUGGAAUUCGUGAAGUUUUGAAAGGUUUAAAAAUUAAGGAAAUUCGAGCAGUCGUCAUUGCUCCAAAUAUUGACAAGAUUACAACUCCUGGUGGACUAGAUUCUAAAAUUGAGGAAAUUAUUCAAAAAUGCAAUGAAAUGGAACUUCCUGUGUUCUUUGCACUCACCAAAAAGAAGCUAGGUAUUGCCUUAAAAACCUCCACUAAAAUUAGCGUUGUUGGGCUCUAUAGCAUGGAUGGAGCAUUUGACGAGUUCAAAAAGGCCAAAGCCAUGAUUGAAGAAAAAUUGGAACAAAAAAAGGAAAGCUCCUCACAACCAAUGACAACAACAACAACAACUAGUUCAGAGUAG